AUGCCAUCAUUUCAUGGUCAUAUCUAUGUUGUAACCGAUCAAAUACCAAAUUGGUUAGAUAUUUCAAAAUCAAAGUCACAACUCCGAGUGAUUUCAACUCGAGAAAUCAUAGAUAAGAAGUAUCUUCCAACAUUUAAUUCUCAUGCUAUAGAAGCUAAUCUUCACAAAAUUCCAAAUUUGAAGGAAUUUUAUCUUUAUUUUAACGAUGAUUACAUACUUGGACGUCCAGUUUCGAUCGAUGAUUUUUUCCUCGAUGGAAAAUGUCCAGUCAUUUAUGGUGACGAUCGUUUAACAUCAAACACUAAUGUUACAUUGAAUAUUCAUAAGAAAGCAAUGUUGAAUACAAACUUUUUACUUGACAAUUUCCUGACUAAUACAAAUAGAAACGUGAAUACAAGUGAUCGACAUUUUCUUCCACAUGCUCCACAUCCAAUCAGAAAAUCAAUUGCUGAAGAGGUUUGGUCCUCGAAGUUCACCGAAAUUCAUCGUGAACAAUCAUCACAUCGAUUUCGUGACAUGAAUGAUGUUCAUCCAACUUAUUUUAUUUCGCGGUAUUUAAUUGAACAGUCGAACGGAUGUGUCGAAGAACGACGAAUGAAAAGUGCUUGUCCACCUGAUGGAGAAGAUUUUUGUAAUCAAGUACUUAAGAAUAGUUUAAAACAAGCAAGGCUAUUUUUUGACGGUCUUCGUUAUCGACCACAAAUGCCAAAAUUUUUAAGUAUUAAUGAUCGUACAAAUAAAAAUUAUACACAUCAGGGCAGAAUUCAUGAGGAAUUUCGACGCUUUUUAAAAGAAAUGUUUCCACAUAAAAGCAAAUUCGAAUUGAAAGAUUGUACACUGUGA